ACUAGGAAGUAAAAGCUCGCCGCUAGCCGACAAACAGAAGUGAAAAGCAAUGGAUAGCAGCAACAACAGCAGCAGCAGCAGCAGCAGCAGCAGCAGCAGCAGCAGCAGCAGGAGCAACAACUAACAUUAGCUGGCAUAUUCCUCAGGAAACAUCACAUGAAUGUAUUUGUGAAGCCAGUCUCUGCUGACCUGAAGUGCUGAAUGUCCUUUUAGUGUCGAUGAAAAUGACCCCGAGAUGACUCAACAGUGGCUUGGACAUCUGUAAUUUGACAAGAUGAGGCUUGCUCAGUUUGUCAGACUUGUCAUUGCUUGUAAUGAUUCCAACUGUAGGCACAUAGACUGCACCGACAUGGACAACAAACUAUAGUGAAUUGUGUUUUUUUUUUUUUUUUUUUGCGUUUUGCUAUCACACUCACUAAAACACUAACUACAUAAAUUAUCAUUUAGUUCGUUUUGAAUGGCUUUCAGUUGAUAACCAGUGCUAAUGAUGUCACUGGGCGAGCAGUCUCAAAAGUGGUUUCCAACCCAUGUCCAAGCCACUGUUCUUCAAGCAACCGGUUUACAGCCCAAGGGCAAAAAUGGCACCAAUGAUGCCUACACUAUCAUCCAGCUGGGCAAAGAAAAGUACUCAACAUCGGUGGCCGAGAAGACACUUACCCCUGUCUGGAAAGAGGAAGCCUCCUUUGAAUUACCUGGUUUACUUUUGGAGGGCAACCCAGAAGUAUAUGAACUCUGCCUUAUAGUGAUGCAUCGGUCCUUGGUUGGGAUGGACAAGUUCCUGGGUCAAAGGUCCAUCAACCUUAAUGAAAUCUUUGAUAACAAGCAACGGAAGAAAACUGACUGGUAUUCCUUGGAGUCCAAGCCGGGGAAGAAGAGGAAAGAACGAGGCCGCAUUCAAGUAAGCAUCCAGUUCAUAAGGAACAACAUGACGGCCAGCAUGUUUGACCUCUCCAUGAAGGAAAAGCCCCGCUCGCCUUUUUCCAAACUGAAGGACAAAAUGAAGGGUCGCAAACAUGACGGCGGCUUUAGUGACACGUCGUCUGCCAUCCUGCCUCGCUCUGCCAUGUGCGACUCAGAGCCUAACCGUCAGUCCUUCGCCCCAGAACCACAACCCCAGCCUGAAACAAAGGCCAAGAGACCGCUACUCACUGGGGCCCAUAAACUCUCUGCAGCCCAUUCUAUGUCCGAUCUCAUUGGGACUCACUUUCGGCCCAAAUUGGAUUCCAUGAACUCCAUAGAAGAGAGUGGCGGCCCUCACAGGCGUUCCCAGAGCGAGGUGCCAGGCUACCAGGACGGCGAGGCACACAGUGACCCUUUCACUGAUAUCACUGACACCCUGCCACAGAAGUAUGCCACGCUCCCACGCAACCGCAACCCAUUUGAGGGGGAGCACGGGCAGCUGUGGGACCGGGCAGAGCGGAAGGAGAAAAAGGAGAAGGUCAGCCUACUGGAACGUGUGACAGGAAAGAAGGAAGGCCGCAAGACCAACAACGGUGGGCGUUCGGGCAGCUCUGGAGAUCUGCGUUCCCCCAACCCCUUUAGUGGAGACUCGCAAGCAGACACUAACCCGUUUAUCUCCAACUACAAAGCCAGGUACGAUAAAAAGUUAACAGGAAAUGAAGACCUCACGUUUGGCCAUAAGAAGAAGGACAUCCAUGGCAAGAAAAAGGAGGUGAAACAGGAAAGUGUGGCCGCCUACAGCAACUUGUCCUUUGAGGAAGUUGUGCAGGAACUCAUCAAGCAGAAAGAAGUGGUGAAAAAGAAAGAUGCCCACAUCAGGGAGCUGGAAGACUACAUCGAUAACCUACUCGUGCGCGUCAUGGAGGAGACGCCGAGCAUUCUACGGACACCGUAUGAGCCAAAAAAGAAGGCGGGUAAACUUUCUAAAAAGUAGAAAGAAAGACGCAGGAUAAAAAGUUACUAAUGAGGGUUUAGCAUGCAUCAAUAUCAUGUGGUAAAAUAAGUGGGAACAAACGGGAUUGAUCAAAGCCAAAUUUCUGAUUGAUUUUAGGUCUUUGCUUUAGAACGUUUUUAGUCAAGGGAUGUAGUUUUUAUAUUUUUUUUUCUUGUCUUGAUUAUUUUAGUACACAGGUAUUUUGCCCUCUGAGUUUAGCAUUCCUAUAUUUUACAUUUUCAAAUUACUUUAUGAAUACUUGCUGCGGUGCGUCUUUAGGUAGUUAAACAGGAUCAGCAUCGAUUGAUUCGUGUCAGAUCAAAUCCAUAUUUUUUGAAAAAUUGUUAGGUUUAACUAUAUUUGUAUGCACUUGUGAACCCACGGAGGUCUGUUGCACAACCAGCUGCCAUCAUCUGCCCAGAAGCUGUUAUGGCAACAAAUGCAGCCAACUUCGUGUUUACUAGAUGGUGUAGUGGCAGUUGUGUGCAGUUUGCUGAAAGACAAUGGUCAAGUGGUUGAUAAGAUUAAGCUGUAGUUGCUGUGUAUACACUCAGUCUUACACACACACAAGUCUCAAACUGGCCACCUGGACUACGAGAACACAUUCAGCGGCGGCAGCAUCCGCUUUGUUCCCAACCUCUUCUGUGCUACAGAUCUGGAUGAACUCUGCUCUCCUCCCCAAUAGUCUGAGUGAUUCAUGGGUAUUCUUAAAAAGACUGGAUGAGAGUUAACGGUACGACGCUGCUGGAGUAUGUGGGAGUCUGGUUUCUCUCUAGCCUACUGAGUCAUGGGAUUUCUUUUUUUCAAAAAAUGAACAAACGUACAUUGCUGUUAUCAGUUACUGACAUUUUAUUCUUUAUUUUAUUUGUGACGACUAUCAUUUAAGUAUCUCGAACCGAGGGUCUCAGUCACUCACUGAACGUGAUCAUUUUACUGACUUAAGUGCAAUAAUCAUAACUUGAGUAUCUUGCUUUAUAUUCUGCUGGGUAUGUUCUUGUUUACAUUUAAUCACAUCUUUUGAGUCAAACUCGUCUCUUAAUAUUGAUUUGAUUCACUGGAAAAGCCUGGAGGUCUGCGUUGCAGCCUCCACCGAUUGACCAGCCUUCAUCUCCUUCAAAUACCGUUUUUUUUUUUGCUGAAGAUUGUAUUAAUGGUACCUAUAGCUGCACAUGUGGAUACAUGCUGAACAAUCUUUAUUUACAGAUGUUUCACAUCAUAUUUGUAAGGUACUUUAUGGUAAAAACGCUACUGUAGCCCAAUACCCCCUCCCUCACUACCCUUUCUACUGUAUUAACACUGUAUAGUUAGUACAAAUAAAAUAAAAAAAAUCUCAUUUUUAAGUAUUCCCGUAUUAAGGUCUUACCAAUACAGUUUUACUUGUAAUUACCAUCGACAUUAAUAUCUUUUUGAUUACCUAGUAACAAAUGAAUUAUGUACUGUGCUCAGAUGUUUUUUUUUUUUUUUGGUAACCUCAAAACAGUCCAAAUUCUAACAUUCAUAUACAGUAAGAUAAAAGUGUCUGACCAGAUCACUGAGUACUAAUGAUGAUCAGUCCUUAAUUGUUGGAGGUAAGCAGCCAAAGCGUGUCAUUCAGGUCACAAAUAACUGUUUGACAACCUUGGUCAGAAGCUAACUUUCCUCAUUUCACAGUUUCAUGUCCUCGCAUAUGUCGCCUCAAUCUGUGAUGCUAAUGUCCUAACAGCAUGUGUUGUUGUUUCCAUGUUAAAGUCAUUCAUUCUGUGAAUUUAGCGGUUCCUAGUAAACGAAAGCUGAUUGAGAUACGGGGGCAGCUUUUGGAUCGCACUGCUGGUACUAAAAUUACUACUUAAAGGUUAAGCUCAAAAAGAGGCCAAUAUACCUGUGCUUGAGCUAGAUGUUUAACAAUCAAACGGAUGCUUUGGUUUACAUUUUCAAUUGUUUAUUCCUAUAUAAUGGAAAGGAGCUUUGAGUACAGUGUUAAACACGCUUUGUAUUAUCAUAGUAACACACAUUUUAAAUGUCCUAUCAAACUUCGUUGUCAGAUGAUGAUCCACUUUGGUCCUUUUGCUGGUAUUAUUUCUGGUAUUUAUAUAUAUUUUUUGUAAUUGCUUUUCAGUCUUAUACGAUAUUUGACCUUUACACUGUAUGAUACCAAAUCACAGCUGAGUGCUUACACUGGAUGUUUGGAACGUCGAAACACUUGUUAAUUUAAGUUCUUCAUGAAUGUUACACCUUGCGGAAACAGUUUAUGUACUACUUUUUACUGCUGCUGCGAACGUAGUUGCUUCAUCUGAAGGUAUGUGAGCUCCUUUUGGACUUGAAGCCAAAAUCUCUUGUCAAUGAAUGUAUUCUGGUUGGCUUUGAAAUACAUCAUUCUGAAAUGUGUAAUCAUAUACAGUACACUAACAAGGCUAUUGAACCUUGCCUGCCUUUGAAAGUAUUUGGUGUAUCCAAAGAGAUCAUUUCAUAUGGUCCCCCGGCCCCCAUCUU